ACAUUUGUUGACGCCAUAAUUUCAUUUUAGCUGGAAAAUUGUAAAAAUUUUUAGCAAUCAAGAGGAAAGCGACGCAGUUUACCUUCCAAAAAUGAUCAAAUUAUUCUCGUUGAAGCAACAGAAGAAGGAUGGCGAAGCAGGAAGUACGAAAAACACCAAAACCAGUGCAGCUGUGCUCAGAAUUACAAAAGAUUUGAACGAAUUAAAUCUGCCUAAAACGUGCGCCACAGACUUUCCCGAUCCAGAUGACUUGCUGAAUUUCAAACUUGUGAUUUGCCCAGACGAGGGAUAUUAUAAAGGAGGACGAUUUGUAUUCACAUUUAAGGUCAAUCCAAAUUACCCUCAUGAGCCGCCAAAAGUGAAAUGCGAGACACAGGUUUACCACCCGAACAUCGAUUUGGAAGGAAACGUUUGCUUGAACAUCUUGAGAGAGGAUUGGAAACCCGUCUUGACCAUCAAUUCGAUCGUUUACGGGCUGCAGUAUCUCUUUCUGGAACCUAAUCCAGAAGAUCCCCUGAACAAAGAAGCAGCCGAAGUACUCCAGAACAACAAACGAUUAUUCGAACAUAACGUUGGCAAGGCAAUGCGAGGGAGCUACGUUGGCGAUACAUAUUUCGAGCGUUGCUUAAAGUGAUGCACGAUGGCCAAGAAAACGGAACAAAAAUUUCUUCCUGAUUUUUUUGCACCUCCUUCAUCGAUUUCUACAGCAACAACAACAACAAAAGCAGAAAGCAUCCGUCUCUUUUUUUCAAUUUUUUUUUAAUUUAAUUUAAAUUUUUGCGUAAAAAUAUUAGUCUAUCAUGAUUUAAUACAAAAAAAAAUCCUUAAUUUAUUUUAAUGAUAAUUUUUUAUCCACAAUAAGCUGAUGCAAUGAGGAAAAAUGUUGCAUGUUUCAUUUUUUUUUUAUUUUUAAAUUUUAAUUCUGGACUAAAAAUUUAUAAAAUUUCAUU